GAAAGAAAAAAGAAAAGAAAAGAAAAGAAGAUCUCAUUUCUCCCUCCAUCUCCCUUCCUCCUCCUCCGAAGAAGAAGACGAUCGUAAGGAUUAAGGUUUCUUCUGCGAAGCGAAGAAGAUGAGGGAGAUCAUUAGCAUUCAUAUUGGUCAAGCUGGGAUUCAAGUCGGAAACUCCUGCUGGGAGCUUUACUGCCUCGAACAUGGCAUCCAGCCCGAUGGCAUGAUGCCCAGUGAUACUACGGUUGGUGUAGCACACGAUGCGUUCAACACGUUCUUCAGCGAGACUGGCGCUGGAAAGCAUGUCCCUAGAGCUAUCUUCGUUGAUCUCGAGCCUACCGUUAUCGACGAGGUACGUACCGGAACGUACCGUCAGCUUUUCCAUCCAGAGCAGCUUAUCUCUGGUAAAGAAGACGCUGCUAACAACUUCGCCAGAGGCCAUUACACUGUUGGGAAGGAGAUUGUGGACUUGUGUCUUGACCGUGUGAGGAAGCUUGCGGAUAACUGUACUGGCUUGCAAGGUUUUUUGGUGUUUAAUGCUGUUGGUGGCGGAACUGGUUCAGGCUUGGGGUCUCUGUUGCUUGAACGUUUGUCUGUAGAUUACGGAAAGAAGUCUAAACUUGGAUUCACCAUUUACCCUUCUCCUCAGGUCUCUACUGCUGUUGUUGAGCCUUACAACAGUGUUCUCUCAACUCAUUCCCUGCUUGAACACACCGAUGUUGCUGUCCUCUUGGAUAACGAAGCCAUCUAUGAUAUUUGCCGGAGAUCACUAGAUAUCGAGAGGCCAACCUACACGAACCUGAACAGGUUGAUAUCUCAGAUCAUAUCGUCCCUCACAACAUCGCUGAGGUUUGAUGGAGCUAUCAAUGUGGAUAUCACUGAGUUCCAGACCAACCUUGUUCCCUAUCCUCGUAUCCAUUUCAUGCUGUCUUCUUAUGCUCCGGUCAUCUCAGCUGCAAAGGCUUACCAUGAGCAGCUAUCAGUCCCUGAGAUCACUAAUGCUGUGUUUGAGCCAGCUAGCAUGAUGGCUAAGUGUGACCCGAGGCAUGGGAAAUACAUGGCGUGUUGUUUGAUGUACCGUGGAGAUGUUGUUCCUAAAGAUGUUAAUGCUGCUGUUGGUACUAUUAAGACAAAGAGGACUGUUCAGUUUGUUGACUGGUGCCCAACAGGGUUCAAGUGUGGAAUCAACUACCAACCUCCAACGGUUGUUCCUGGAGGUGACCUCGCUAAGGUCCAGAGAGCAGUGUGCAUGAUCAGCAACAACACAGCAGUUGCAGAGGUGUUCUCAAGGAUCGACCACAAGUUUGAUCUGAUGUAUGCCAAGAGGGCGUUUGUGCACUGGUACGUCGGUGAAGGAAUGGAGGAAGGUGAGUUCUCUGAGGCACGUGAGGACUUGGCCGCACUGGAGAAAGAUUAUGAGGAAGUGGGUGCUGAAGGUGGAGAUGAUGAAGAAGAUGAAGGUGAAGACUACUGACACUUUCUUCUCUGAAUGAUGUGCAACCAAAAAGUUUUUUUCAAAAUUUAUGUUUCUACUUGUGAUUCUUGUUGAUUACAUGUUUCUUUUUUUUUAAUCCUGUACAAUUUACGUUGCACAUUCUCCACCGUCUUGUGUUUAUUUUGGUUCAGUUCAUUGGUAAAGUGACCAUUGAGUGUUCCAGAGUUCAUUAUCAAUC